AUGAGCUGCUGCGGCUGGAAAUCGCUGCGUGAACUGCUGCACCUUGGCCCGGAGACGAGCACAAAGUGCGCCGAUUAUGAGCAGAAAAAGUCGGCUGAAUCGAGUUAUUACGCAUACAAGGCGUGGUUGAAGAAUGAAAGCUCGAAGUUCAGAUCCGCUGGGCGGCAAAUUAUUUCGAAUGAACCUUGGUGGAAAUUCAAGCGAACCAGCCUUGCGAAUUUUAACGAGCAGACAAAGCAGAAGGUGAACAGCAUCAAGGAAAAAUAUGGCAAGAAACCGGAAGCGCAUAAUGGCACCACUACGCAUAAA